UUUUGAGGGAGAACGAAAGGGGCAAGAGAACAAGCCGAUUGCUCGCAGCACUAAAUAGGCACAGAGUGAGGCCUUCAACGACUCCUCUCUUUCUCGUCCUCUCCCCGCUCCUUGUUGGCGACGAAGAGAUUGGCGAUCACCUGAGGAAAUUGGCGUCUAACUCCCCAAGUCUUGAGCGCUGAGGGGAUCUCGUCAACUCGAUCCGAUCCGCCUUCGUAGGUUGCCGUCUGGUCUGAUCCAAAACCUUCGAGACGGGUUUCUUUGCGCGGAAGAGGGAGAUGAGCAAAGGGCGGUCCCCCGAACCCUUGGAUUUCUUCAUUUGGACCGUCGAGGAUGUUGGAUUGUGGCUGGAAGAGAUAAAUCUUGGAAGUUACCGCCAAGUUUUCGAGGAAAAUGGUGUCAAUGGGGAGUAUCUAGAAAGUCUUUCUAUGUUCACAACAGAGCAGAUUCUGCGCUUUAUCAGGCGAUGCCACAUGAAAUGGGGUGACUUUAUUACACUUUGCAAGGAGUUAAGACGCAUAAAAGUUGCAUGCCUGAAAGGGGAACAAGAGGUCCGUAAACCAUGGUGGGCUCCCUCAUGCUUAUCGGUGGUCUUUGUGAGAUUGGCAAAGCGCAACAGGCAAUCCCGUGUUGUCUCCAUGAAGCUGGAACCGUAAGUUUUCAGAUGGAAGUGUUGUGUUCCUCCUGUUCCCUUCGUUUUCCCUGAUAAAUCCUGGGAAAAUGGCAUGAAAGAUGAUCUCUGCGAGGAAUUAUGAGUUGUAGGUCUAUAGCAUGCCUGGGCUUAUCCUUGUUUUAUAUAUAUAUAUAUAUAUACACUAACUGUUUCCUGCUGUAUUUGUUGAUUUAUCUUUUGCAGUUUCCUGUGUGAUAAAACUCAACUGGUUGAGUAAAUAUAGUUCUUCCAUUGUUGCUCGCA